UCCGUCUACUGCAGGAUCCAGGACCGCUCCCAGGAGCUGGUGCAGAUCGUCCGGAGCGCGGACCGCCGGGCCAGGAGCCGCGGUGCCAAAGUGGGCAGCCUGGCCGACAGGGAGUCCAUCCUGCAGCGUCUGGACCACCUGGAGGAAGUGGUCUACAACCAGCUAAAUGGUCUGGCAAAACCCAUGGGAUUAGUUGAAGGUCCAGGAGGCUUGGGCCAGGGAGGAAUGGCUGCUACCCUGAGAGAUGAUAGCCAUGAAUCAGAAACUAAGUAUGAAGAAUAUGGUUACAAUGCCCAGCUCAGUGACAGGAUAUCACUGGACAGGUCCAUCCCUGACUACAGACCAAAAAAGUGCAAACAGAUGACCUACCCAGAUGACCUGCCCCAGAUCUCUGUGGUCUUUAUAUUUGUAAACGAGGCACUGUCUGUCAUCCUGCGCUCCGUGCACAGCGUUGUGAAUCACACCCCGUCACACUUGCUCAAGGAGAUCAUCCUGGUAGAUGACAACAGUGAUAAUGUUGAGCUAAAAUUUAACCUGGACCAGUACGUCAAUAAAAGAUACCCAGGGCUGGUGAAAAUAGUGCGCAAUAACAAACGAGAAGGGCUGAUUCGAGCCAGGAUCCAAGGCUGGAAAGCAGCAACAUCUCCUGUUGUUGGCUUCUUUGAUGCUCACGUUGAGUUCAACAUUGGCUGGGUGGAACCUGCACUUACCCGCAUCAAAGAAGAUCGAAAGCGGAUCAUCCUACCAGCAAUUGACAAUAUCAAGUACAACACUUUUGAAGUGCAGCAAUACGCCAAUGCAGCCCACGGCUAUAACUGGGGCCUCUGGUGCAUGUACAUAAUCCCACCGCAGGACUGGCUCGAUAAAGGGGAUGAGUCAGCUCCCAUCAGGACACCAGCCAUGAUCGGAUGCUCGUUUGUAGUGGACCGAGAAUAUUUUGGUGAGAUUGGCUUGCUUGACCCUGGUAUGGAGGUCUAUGGAGGAGAAAACAUUGAAUUAGGCAUGAGGAUUGAACACUCUGGCAAAAUUCUGGCGCAGCUGAUGAAUAAGCCUCCUAAGAAAUCUGAAAGCUGUCGCUCUUCCUUAGACAAGAAGAACUUGCUGAGUACGAUUAGGGCUCCUG